UGCCCAGUGACGCAGUGACUUCAGUGGUACUGAUGGUUAAUGGGCCACUAUAUAGUAGAAUGCUCUAGGCUCAAUUACUCCAAUAGGGCCGUUCGUUGUCAAUAUGUCACGAACAGGAACAAAACUUGAUGCAAAGAAAGUGAACUCUGAACUAUUUACCCUGACCUAUGGCUCGCUCGUGUCCCAGUUGCUCCAGGACUAUGAAAAUGUGGAGGAUGUCAACAAGCAGCUGGAAAGAAUGGGAUACAACAUUGGGAUACGAUUGAUAGAGGACUUCCUGGCGCGGACCGGCUCCGGCCGAUGCUACGACUUUCGGGACACGGCAGAGAAGAUUCAGAGUGGCUUCAAGAUAUUCCUCGGCAUAACGCCAUCGAUCACGAACUGGAGUCCAGCUGGUGACGAGUUUUCCCUCUGUUUCGAGACGAAUCCCUUGACAGAAUUUGUAGAGCUGCCAGAUAACUAUUCGAAUCUCAAGUAUUGCAACAUACUGCCUGGCGUGCUCAGGGGCGCUUGCGAAAUGGUGCAGAUGGAAGUUGCCUGUUGGUUCGUGCAGGAUCAGCUCAAGAAUGACAAUGUGACGGAGCUGCGGGUGAAGUUUGUUAAGAGACUGGAGGAUGCGAUACCGGCGGGCGAGGAUUAAACACUUUAAAAAGCCCGUUACUUAAAUAUGUAUACAAACGAUACCCGCGAUAUCGUGCAUAUGUCGGACUAAUGACGCAGUAUAUAAAUAUAUUUCUCUUGUAUUUAUUAAGAUGUAUUGUAACAAUUAGGCGUACAUUUCCGUCGCUUGCAUUCCGCGUACUUUUGAUUGAUAAAAGUAAUAGUGAAUAUUUCAUUCUCAUGUUAAUGUUCACAACGAUAGUGAGACAGGCAAUAUAUGUAUAUCGAGUUUGUUUUUAA